AUGCCUCGUUCUUUCCUGGUGAGGAGGGGGGGCUCUCACCCUCUGCGCCCCAAAGCAGGUAGCCCCUGCUUGGGCACAACCCUGGUGCCAGUAGGUCCCUCUGAAACAGACAAGAGGCAGGGGGGUACCCUUCAGGGCCAGCUGUCACCUAAGAGUGCAGUGUCUCUAGUGACACACAAUGAGGCCUACCCAUCACAGCCCUCUCCACCUCCAGCCCUCCACCCUGCCUCAUAUAGUCCCCCUUACCUUCACCCCACCAGUCCCAUGUCUUCAGACGGUAGAGCUGCGCUGCACCACCACUCUCCCUCCCAGUUGAACCCUGGCAGCCCUGCUGAGGAGGUGGGCUCUCCCCUCCUGGGAGAGACCCGACACAGAGACUGUCCCCAGAUCAGUGACCACAGGACCACUGGGACUGAAUGUCCACUGUGUGGAAAGAGUUUCUUUUCUUUCUCCAGUGUGGAGUCCCACGUCCACAAGUCCCAUGGUGGCAGACACAAGCAGUCAUCAUCAGCACACAUCAAGACUAACAGUCAGCCGUACGGCUAUAGGCCAGACCUGGGUUUGAGCUACAGGGUCAAGGAGCGUACGUUUGCCUGUAAGGUGUGUGGGAAAGUGUUCAAGCGCUCCUCCACCCUGUCCACUCACCUGCUAAUCCACUCUGACACGCGACCCUACCCCUGUCAAUACUGUGGCAAAAGAUUUCACCAGAAAUCUGAUAUGAAAAAACACACCUUCAUUCACACAGGUGAGAAGCCCCAUGUGUGCCAGGUGUGUGGCAAAGCCUUCAGCCAGAGCUCCAACCUCAUCACCCACAGUCGUCAGCACAGUCGCAACCAGCCCUACCGCUGCCUCUAUGGCUUCCAGCGCAAACAGGACCUGAGACAAAACCAGGAGAAUCACCGUACAUAG